AUGAAAGAAUACAGGGAUAAUUCGAUCCCUGGAAAUCCAGCUGCAAGUCUGGAUCACAUCAAGCCAUGUUGGUACUGGGACAAGAAUGACCUGGCUCACACCCCCUCCCAGUCCGAGGGCCUCGACCCGGCCACCGAGGCCCGGUACCGGAGAGAGGGGGCUCGGUUCAUCUUCGACGUGGGCACACGCCUGGGACUGUAUCUUUCCUUCACUGUUUAGCAGCAAACACACACUGUUGUGCAACUGUGCAUGAUCUGGACGUGUCUCGUUUUGUUGGUUGUUGGCAGCCAGGAGAGUAAACUGGUCCAGCUUCAUGGUUCUCAGAAUAAUGUAUUGUUUGUUUAUCAAUAGUAUUUCAUUAUCCACAUCACUGUUCCAGUAACUUCAGUUCCUUAACCCUGUGAUCAGACACUAUGACACAUUGGCUACAGGGAUCAUCUACUUCCAUCGCUUCUACAUGUUUCACUCUUUCAAGCAGUUCCCCAGAUAUGUAAGUAUGCACAGUGUACAACUCAUGCUUUUGACCAGACUUGGCUAUGUUAAAGAUGGUUCCGAUGAGCCCUUUACAAUGGAAAUCGUUGUCACAGGUUGAAUAGAGUUCCCCAUUUUCAUUUGUGGCUGUGUUAUAUCUCUUUGGUUCUAUGUAUACCCAGCUAACGAAAGCUAUGUCUCUACAGGUGACUGGGGGUUGCUGUCUAUUCCUGGCAGGUAAAGUGGAAGAGACCCCCAAGAAAUGUAAAGACAUCAUCAAGACCGCUCGCAGCCUGCUGAACGAUAUACAGUUCGCCCAGUUUGGAGAUGACCCAAAGGUGAGAGCCUCACAAGUGUGUAAACUAAUUUACCCUUUGACAAUUGUCUGGAUUACAAGAUGUUAUAUAUUCAGUAAUAGUUGGUACUUUGAUAUUGAGGGUACCUCGACCAUCAAAUGGGUGUGUCCAUUGCAUUAAACCUGUUCAAUGUAAGUUGCUAGUACAGCGUUUCCCAAACUCUGUCCUGGGGACCCCAAGGGGUGCAUGUUUUUUAAAUUCUCCUUAGCACUACACAGCUAAUUCAAAUAACCAACUCAUCAUCAAGCUUUGAUUAGUUUAAUCCGCUCUGUAGUGCUAGGGCAACAACUAAAAUGUGCACCCCUUGGGGGCCCCAGGACCGAGUUUGGGAAACGCUGUGCUAGUAUAAAGUUGUGACCACUGACCAGAUAGUACAUUAUCUUUCCAUCCCUGGGAAGGACAGGGUUUGAAUUAGGGAUGUGACAAAUUGACAAUUUUGCUUAACGUUUAAACUGCCAUUUUUUAUCGGGUUUCUGUUAAAAUGAAAAUAAAAAAAAUCAUUAAAUUCCACGUCAAUUUACAAUGCAUGACCACUAGGGCCGGGCAAUGAAGGUAUAUCCACCACGGCCUUUAACAGACAUAGAACGCAGCUACAGUAACAUGUCGAUAGCGACAAUUGACAACUUUUCAGACAAUUUAAAAAAGUGCCACAUCAGGUCUGUACCUUUUUCACACAGUAGAAUUCUGCUCUGUUGUAAAAUGUUCUGUAUUUUUUCCCUGACAACAAUAAACAUUGCUGAUUGAUGUGCUGCUGUGUUGUUUUUUAUGCCGUUUUUUGAUGGUAGGGUAGCUAGAAGUGUUUUAUUUCUACUAAAUGUCAUGGUAAGUCACGGUAUUUAACAAACUUUAAAGCACUUAUUUUGGAGAGAGGGGUCUGCGCGCAGCAAGCAGGCUGCAUGCAGCUGCUAGAGAUAAUUUGAUUGACAGUUCUGGUUGCCUAGUGAUGGAUUUUAGUCCCGCUGCAGAAACUGCAUUCCUUUACAGACAAGUAAAAUGUCCUUUCAUAUCACCAGAGAAUGUUUCGUGUAGCCUAACGUAACAGACAGACAGACAAACAUGCCGUAGCCCGAGGCGCUUUCAAGGGGACACAUUCCAUUAUGUCAGAAAGGGGUAAUCGAUACAGGCUACCGGUAGCCUACUGCAAUUUCAUAUGAGGCAAAAAUGAAGAGUAGGCUACCCCGUGCUCGCAAGACUGGCCCGAAGACAUCGGUGCCAUGACUUGGCUAGGAUAUUCUACACGCAACAGACCGAAGACACACUUGCAUCAUUAGCAAAGACAGAACAGGAGAGGGAGGCAAAAGCGUGUUCAUAUGUUUUGGUAAUCUGCAUCUCGCAAUGUCUUGUCUUGCAAAGUCACCAAGUAGCCUGAAGUUCGGCUCUUCCGCUCUUGUUUUAUUUGGCUUCCCCAGGCCCUUUAUAGCCUAUCGGCUAUAACACGGAAAAUAAUGUUUUGUUGUUUUAAUUAUGUGGGGGGGAAACUAAAAAACAGUUUUCCGGUUAGGGAUUUUUCUUAACGUUAAGGAUCCCAAUUUAGUUUUAAAGUUUAACCCAUAGUCUGAAUCCAAAAUACUUCCUGGUCACAAUGUUUUACAUGACUCUGUCCCUCUACAGGAGGAGGUGAUGGUGUUGGAGCGGAUCCUACUGCAGACCAUUAAGUUUGACCUGCAGGUGGAGCACCCGUACCAGUUCCUGCUUCGCUACGCCAAGCAGCUCAAAGGUACACUGUUACAUAUGCUUGAUUAGGGUUGCAAAAUUAUGCUAACUUUCCUAAGAUUGUCAGGUUUUCAAGAAAUCCUGGUUGGAAGAUUCCUGGAUGGAAAUAAGGAGGAAAUCCAUGACUCCUCCAACCAGGAUUUCUAGAAAAUCUGGGAAUUUUGGUAAAGUUACCAGAAUUUGACAUUGGCCCUGAGCUGUUCACAAUAGUUGCUGGAACAGUGCUGGAAAAGGACAAUGUGAAGAGAAAAUAAUAACCCAGUCAGCACGGUGUAACAGCUUGGCCCUAUAGUGGGAAUCAGGCACUACAGUUUAUCUAAAACAAUCUGAUCUAGUCUGUUAUUACCAUGUCUGAAUGAAAACGACCCCUAAACUAUUCACCUCUUUCUGUUCACAGAUCUGAAGUAUUUCCGAUCUGUUUCAGGUGAUAAGAACAAAGUGCAGAAACUAGUUCAGAUGGCCUGGACCUUUGUGAAUGACAGGUGAGCAGUUAACUACACAUGGAUGCAUAACUUAGCAGAAGCAUGAAAGUACAUCGAUACCCAUGUGCCUACGAUAAUGCAAUCAGGUCCGAUAGUCACAAAGCAUCUCGGAGUAGGAGUGCUGAUCUAGGAUCAGGUCCCCCUUCUUAAUCAUUAUGAUUUAAUAGGCAAAACUGAUUAUAGAACAGCAUGCCUACUCUGAGAUGCUUUCUGAAUAUGUGCCCUGUAACUGAGGGACUCUUUCUCCUCUCCCCUCAGUCUGUGUACCAUGCUGUCCCUGCAGUGGGAGCCAGAGAUCAUAGCUGUAGCAGUCAUGUACCUGGCCGGCCGGCUGUGUAAGUUUGACAUCCAGGAGUGGAUGUCGAAGCAGUCUUCACGGCGAUGGUGGGAGCAGUUUGUCCAGGAUGUCCCAGUGGAGCUGCUGGAAGGUGGGACUGGCUGGUCUUUCUCUAUGAAACAGUUGUCUGGGUUUAUGUCAUUUGUGUAGGAUGUUUUAAAUGUUAAAAACAAAGGCAUAUAACAUAAAGGGAACACUUAAAUAACACAUUGUAACUCCAAGUCAAUCACACUUCUGUGAAAUCAAACUGUCCACUUAGGAAGCAACACUGAUUGACAAUACAUUUCAUAUGCUGUUGUGCAAAUGGAAUAGACAACAGGUGGAAAUUAUAGAAAUUAGCAAGACACCCCCAAUAAAGGAAUGGUUUUGCAGGUGGUGACCACAGACCACUUCUCAGUUCCUAUGCUUCCUGGCUGAUGUUUUGGUCACUUUUGAAUGCUGGCGGUGCUUUCACUCUAGUGGUAGCAUGAGACGGAGUCUACAACCCACACAAGUGUCUCAGGUAGUGCAGCUCAUCCAGGAUGGCACAUCAAUGCGAGCUGUGGCAAGAAGGUUUGCUGUGUCUGUCAGCGUAGUGUCCAGAGCAUGGAGACGCUACCAGGAGACAGGCCAGUACAUCAGGAGAUGUGGAGGAGGCCGUAGGAGGGCAACAACCCAGCAGCAGGACUGCUACCUCCGCCUUUGUGCAAGGAGGAGCAGGAGGAGCACUGCCAGAGCCCUGCAAAAUGACCUCCAGCAGGCCACAAAUGUGCAUGUGUCUGCUCAAACGGUCAGAAACAGACUCCAUAAGGGUGGUAUGAGGGCCCGACGUCCACAGGUGGGGGUUGUGCUUACAGCCCAACACCGUGCAGGACGUUUGGCAUUUGCCAGAGAACACCAAGAUUGGCAAAUUCGCCACUGGCGCCCUGUGCUCUUCACAGAUGAAAGCAGGUUCACACUGAGCACGUGACAGAGUCUGGAGACGCCGUGGAGAACGUUCUGCUGCCUGCAACAUCCUCCAGCAUGACCGGUUUGGCGGUGGGUCAGUCAUGGUGUGGGGUGGCAUUUCUUUGGGGGGCCGCACAGCCCUCCAUGUGCUCGCCAGAGGUAGCCUGACUGCCAUUAGACCCCUUGUGAGACCAUAUGCUGGUGCGGUUGGCCCUGGGUUCCUCCUAAUGCAAGACAAUGCUAGACCUCAUGUGGCUGGAGUGUGUCAGCAGUUCCUGCAAGAGGAAGGCAUUGAUGCUGUGGACUGGCCCGCCCAUUCCCCAGACCUGAAUCCAAUUGAGCACAUCUGGGACAUCAUGUCUCGCACCAUCCACCAACGCCACGUUGCACCACAGACUGUCCAGGAGUUGGCGGAUACUUUAGUCCAGGUCUGGGAGGAGAUCCCUCAGGAGACCAUCCGCCACAUCAUCAGGAGCAUGCCCAGGCGUUGUAGGGAGGUCAUACAAGCACGUGGAGGCCACACACACUACUGAGCCUUUUUUAAACUUGUUUUAAGGACAUUACAUCAAAGUUGGAUCAGCCUGUAGUGUUGUUUUCCACUUUAAUUUUGAGGGUGACUCCAAAUCCAGACCUCCAUGGGUUGAUAAAUUUGAUUUCCAUUGAUAAUUUUUGUGUGAUUUUGUUGUCAGCACAUUCAACUAUGUAAAGAAAAAAGUAUUUAAUAAGAUUAUUUCAUUCAUUCCGAUCUAGGAUGUGUUAUUUUAGUGUUCCCUUUAUUUUUUUGAGCAGUGUAUAAUUGAAAGCCUCUUUCAUCCUGAUCUCGCUGCACAGUUUGCGAGAUCAGGGUGGCUUGCGAGGCUUUCACCCCUCUUUUAAUUUGUGGACUGUUUGUUUACAAACAUGUUAGUAUCAUUACUGAUGGAUUACCGUCAUUUAGAUCCAUAAUUCUGAAAUGCACUCCUCAUUAAUGACCUCCUCCUCUGCUCGAUAGACAUAUGCCACCAGAUCCUAGACCUGUACUCCCAGGGCAAGCAGCAGAUGCCCCAGACCUCCAGCGAGAAGACCCCCCCUACCCCCGUCCCCACCCCCCAGCAGCUGCAGACCCUCACCCAGCUCCCCCUCCCCAACCCCCCCGUCCUGCCACCACUCAGCAAGAAGGUCUCUCCCCAGACCAGCCCUCCUCGCCAGCUCAAACGAGUCCACGUGAGUUUGACACUUGAGUUAAAAGGUUAUUGUGCGGGCAGGCAUCAUGCUCUUUUUAUGAUCAGAUUAACUCAAUUGAAUUGUUUUUGACACCCAUUUCCCUUGUUGUUGUUUAGGUAUUGUCUCCUAAAGAAGAAAGCAAGGCACCUGGUGAGCACAUUAACCUUUUCUCUGGCUCAGACAGUAGAUGAUUCCAUUCACACGUAUGGCUGCCAAUAUUCUUUUGAAAAGGAUUCAUAACAGUAGGUAUGUUAGUUCUCUCUCUCUUCCCCCCACCACUCCCAGAGCCAGUGGGUCCUAAGAUCCCCAGGCUGGAGCCUCCGAUGCCCCCUCUACCCACAGCACAACCCCCCUCGGGUGAGCCCCCUACCCUGGUCCACUCAGAUGACCACCAGACUCACUAAGCCUUAACACCAGUGCAACAACUGGUACACACCUGUUGGUUUCCAGAGGGAAUAUAACAUCAACCAUAGAUCAAAAUAUAAAAUAAAUCUCAAGGAAAUACAUACUAUCUUGUCGUGAAGUUUUAUAAAGACCCCUGUUCAUUAGCCUUAUUGUUUUAUCUUCUGCUCUUCCCUUAGGGAAAUGAUUACUUGUGCAGUAUAAACAUUGAACUGGUGUUAAUGCUCCAUACCACUAUCACUCCACUCCCUACUGUAAUGUCUCAUAUUGCUGAAUAGAUUAUUGACACAUGGCAUUCCUGCUAAGUGGUUGAGAAGCCCCUGGGAAGCCCUUGGGAUGUGUCCCAAAUUGCACCCUAUUACCUUUUAUGGUGCACUAUUUAGGGAAUAGGAUGUCAUUUAGGACAUACCCUGAGAAGCCCCUGGUCCCCUCGGGCCCUGGAGGAGCUAGCUGAGCUGGGGAGGAAGAAGUGUUUAGCUGCUGGUAUUAACUGGUCUCCUCUGACGACUCCUCUGACUGGCUGAGAGAACGAGAGGUGUCCUCUGAUUGGCUGAGAGGGAAAGGUGUCCAGGCGGCCAGGCUUAGACCUCCAGGUCAGACCAUGCAGAAAUAUGACGAGCACUUAUUAGAUUAGAUAUCAGACUUAGUGUAGGGGGUUCUCUGUAGCCUGCUGGUUCAAAUCACAAGCUUUUAGAUAGGCAGGGGAUAGCAGACACUCUUAUCCAGAGCGACUUACAAGAGCAAUUAGGGUUAAGUGCCUUGCUCAAGGACACCAACAGAUCUUUCACCUAGUCGGCUCUGGGAUUUGAACCAGCAACCUUUCGGUUACUGGCAUAAAGCCAUUAACCGCUAGGCCGCACUCACGCCACACCACACAACACACACAGCUCUCUUGGCUGGUUAUUACAAGCCUGUAGAUUGGCAUGUGCUUAUAGAUGGAUAUUAAUCAUCGCACACACACCACAGUCGUUAGAGAGAGGCAUGACGUAUGUGCGUUUAUGGGCUGAGGGGAUCUUCUUGCAUCAUAACCCCAUGGUGGACAGGAUCCAGAACACUGUAGUGCUACUACUCUACUGUCUGACCUGCCUGAUACUCUACUGUCUGAUGUGUCUGAUACUCUACUGUCUGACCUGCCUGAUACUCUACUGUCUGAUACUCUACUGUCUGACCUGUCUGAUACGCUCUACUGUCUGACCUGCCUGAUACUCUACUGUCUGAUACUCUACUGUCUGACCUGCCUGAUACUCUCUACUGUCUGACCUGCCUGAUACUCUCUACUGUCUGACCUGUCUGAUUCUCUGUCUGAUACCCUCUACUGUCUGACCUGCCUGAUACCCUACUGUCUGACCUGUCUGAUACCCUACUGUCUGACCUGCCUGAUACCCUACUGUCUGACCUGCCUAACCGCUCUGCCUAAUCUGAUAACUGCCUUACAGCUGUUAAACUACUCUGCUUAGAAACAGCACCGUUCGCUAGACAGCUCUGUUUUCAUGGCCCUUCUAGGAAGGGGUGUGUGUGUGACUCAGUGCAUGUGUCUGUGUAAGUACACACGUGUUGAAGUAAGAACAUGGUGUGAAGUGGUUUGAUUCGGUUGUUGUUGUUUAACACAAGUCUUUCUCAAAGGGUUCUCUAAUUCUCUUUUCCCUGCAGACCACAAGCCUCCAGCCUCCCACCCUUCCAUCCCUCUCCCAGGAGAGAGUGACCCAACUGGGGCAGGAGGCCCAACGGAGCCCCCUAAAGGACCUCCACCCCCCCCCCACUCAGCCUCCCUCCACCAGCCUCCCCCGCUGCCCCACCGCCCUGCUCCACCACCCCCAUCCAGCUACAUCAUGGGCAUCCCAACCUCCAGCUCCUACAUGUCAGGAGAGGGCUUCCAGAGCCUCCAGUCUAUGAUGAAGACAGAAGGGCCAUCCUACAGCACCAUCCCCUCAUCGUAUGGCCCUCCCCUGGCCUACCGCAGCCACGUCUACCCCCCUAACGCCCCACCGCCUGGUCCUCCACCCUCCACGUCCUACCCUCCACCCAACCUCCCUCCACCCUCGCCCGCCUACCCCCCGCCGGGGUACAACCACAGCUACCCACCCCCUCCACGUAUGCCCCCGGGACAUGGGGACUACCCGCCUGGGAUGGCCAUCCCUCCUAGCAGCUAUCCCCCACCCCCUGGAGGACAGAGCCAGGUACCCCCUCCAAUGCCCCCUGGCAUGCCCCCCAUCGGUGGCCUGAGUCGGGGAGCUUGGAUGAGGUGA